AGCAGCAUUGUGUUUAUUAUGUCCACUGGCGCGCGAUCUGGAUAACCGUAAUAUAGCGUAUGGGGCCGUUCAAACGCGUUGUUACGCUAAAAAAAAAAAAAAAAAAAGCGUUUAGAAAAGUAGAAGUUCUUUAAUUUGACGCGGCGUCUGAAAACGCGGCGCAGCGGUCAAAUAUGUCAGUCAAGCGCACGUUCUUUUCGCUCCACACACGUGAGCUUGUUAUAAUUUUUCACCAGCGAUGUUUGAUAGCGGUUUUCACGGGUUUGUUUCGAAAAAAAGUGGGUGAUAUUUUGUUACAGGCUGUGUGGCCCACAUGUUGCUUUCUGUGGUUGUUACGCAGUUGAGGACGAUUUAACAUGUCCCAUUUAAAAUAUCUGCCAAAUAAGACAGGGGACGAAUAACUCUUGAGGUCUAUUGAAAUCGUCGAAGGCUAAACGUUAUUUCUGCACACUGAAUUUUUUUUUUUUUAUCUGUCUUUUUGGGGAAUCCCUGUCAGUUCCUUCCCUGAAACCACUAGGAUACAUUUGAGGAACACUCAUGACCCUCUCAGAUACCUGGACUGAAACACAUGACUGUAUGUUGAUAUGCACUGACAAAAGAUCUGCACUUCAGGAUUCAGCAUCACUGAGCCACAACCACAGUCAGACUUUGCUGUUUCUCAGUUUAAAAAAGUGGAGGAAAGGGGGUAAGAGAUUAAACCUCCCAGCUAUUCUCUUCAAAUGUCCCAGAGACAGUAUGACUGCUCUCAGGGCACCAAACAGCUGAGUGUGGGCUCAGUCGUGUCCACUCCUGUCCCGGCACCCUGAAACCUUUUUCACACAGACAUGAAGGAGGUAAGGCUCUGGACGACCACCGAUGUCUCUGAUUGGCUGACUGAGGAGGGCAUGCAAGAGUAUUCAGAUGCAUUGCAUAACAUGGAUGGCCCCGCCCUCUUGUGUCUCUCUGAAGAGGACUUCAAAGCCCCGCCCUUGUCGUUAGUAACUGGGGACAGUGGUCGACAACUGUUAGAGCGAAUAGAGACUUUGCGCUUCACCAGCCAUAUGAAGGCACACAAGAGCAACAACCAUGAAAAUGGUCUCCACACAAAUGGACAUGCCGGCAUCACUCUUGCCAAUGGCAGUGUUAGCAAUGGGAAGAUCCUUAAUGGUGGACAUAAGAACGGAUUCCGCGCCGAGCCGGUUCGCAUCUUGAUUCCGUUGCCCUCUGAGCAGGAGCGCACGCCGUUUCCCACGGAGUGGUUAAAAACAGGUGUGGCCUUCCUGUAUGCUCUGUGCUGCUUUUUCACAACAACAGUUGUGAUCUCAGUGGUGCACGAGCGCGUUCCCCCCAAAGAAGAGUCCCCGCCCUUGCCGGAUAAGUUCUUUGAUCUGUUUGAUCGUGUGCAGUGGGCGUUUUCCAUCUGUGAGAUCAAUGGAAUGCUGCUUGUGGGACUGUGGUUUGCACAAUGGUGUCUGCUCAAACACAGGUCCAUAAUUGGCCGACGGUUCUUUUUCAUCGUGGGCACUCUGUACCUAUACAGAUGUGUGACCAUGUAUGUAACGACAUUACCCGUGCCAGGCAUGCACUUUAAGUGCUCUCCCAAGCUUUUCGGUGACUGGGAGGCCCAGUUGCGUCGGGUAAUGAAAAUGAUGGCAGGUGGUGGCCUGUCAAUCACUGGCUCUCACUCUUUGUGUGGAGAUUACCUGUACAGUGGACACACCGUGAUGCUAACGCUAACAUACCUCUUUAUUAAAGAGUAUUCUCCACGUAGGUUUUGGUGGUAUCACUGGUUCUGCUGGGUCCUGAGUGCAGUUGGUAUAUUCUGCAUACUGUUGGCUCAUGACCACUACACCAUUGAUGUGGUGGUGGCCUACUUCAUAACUACACGCCUCUUCUGGUGGUACCAUACAAUGGCCAAUCAACAGGCUUUAAAGGAGAAUUCUGCUAGCAACCUGUUAUCUCGUGUCUGGUGGUUUGGUCCAUUCCGGUACUUUGAGAGUAACAUCCGGGGCAUUGUGCCUCGGAACUACCAGCUGCCGUUCUUGUGGCAAACACUGACGACCACCUGGGUUAAGUACAACAAGCUGGAAUCCCGGGAGUCGUGACCUGUGGCUCCUGAUUUGCUGAAGCUCUGUGAAACUCUAAGAAACUACUCUUCCCUUCAGCCCCUGCAAAACUGGUUGAGCACUGUGAUGUAGGGCUGCACGAUAAUGGUGACAAUGAUUACCACGAUUAUUUUGCUCAAGACUUUAAUCACGAUUAUUAAUCACAAUUAUUCUGUUAUUUGAAAACUUUAUUUAAUUACAGGGCUGCACAAUUUGAACAAAUAAAUAAAUACUGUUGCCACUGCUUAGAUCUUGAUUCUAAAAGAACAAAAAACAUAAAAUUCCAUUAAACAGUAGCUCUCAUUUUAAACAAGUUGUUAGAACUGCAAACUAGUAAAUGAUUCCUUUUGACCAAAAUUCAGAUUUGGUUAAUUCUUAACUGCUAAUAGAAACAGUUACUCGGGUGUUUACACUUGCAUCCUCUUUUAAGAUCCAUUCUUUAUUAUUAUUAUUGUUAUUAUUAUUAUUAUUAACAUUAUUAUUAUAUCCCCAUACCCUACAGUAAUAUGUAAUAUGCACAUAACUGGUAAUCAGAAGGUUGCUGGUUCAAUCCCCACAGUGUGUCCUUGAGCAAGGCUCCAGGUUGCUCUGGGGGAAAUGUCCCUGUAAUAAGUGCACUGUAAGUCGCUUUGGAUAAAAGCGUCUGCCAAAUGCAUAAAUGUAAAUGUAAUAUAUAGGCUAAUGGUAAUACAUUUGUGUAGUAAUUGAGCACACAUAAUGGCUAUACAAUCUCAAGUGUCUAUUUUGAAGGAAGCCUACUUAUUUUAUCAAGCCUUUUAUUUUGAAUGAAGACAGUGUUGUUUCUGUGUGUUACCAGCAGAAGUGACAGUGACAACAGUUUUGUGCUCCUUCCAUACAUGGUGAAAUGCUCUCGUCUCUUCCUCGCGCCACACAACCCCGGUGCCAUGGGGUUAUUUUAGAUUUGUUACACACUUGUUAUGGCCAACUAUAUUUGGAAUUAGGCAAAUGUGCUACUGAGGUAAAUGCGUAGCGCUUUAAAAUAACCCAGUCAGCGCACGUUAGCGACGCGCACGAACCGAACUCGGAGCACAGUUGUUCUGUAUAAAACAUACAUCAUCAAAGCACGAGAUGGAAUCAAGCACAGAACGGCGUAUCAUUAUCCUCGUGCGCCCCACAUACGAGACUUGUAAACAUCUAGUGCGGUUCUGUAUUUCAGCGCGUGCUCGAAAGAGAAACAGUGAUUGGUCAGUGGCGAACUUCUGAAGUGUGAUCAGGUGAGGUGAAAACGGACUAGGAAAGAGCUUGUGACUUGGUCUUUCAUCCAUAAACACAGCCUAUAAUGAAAAUGAACAACAAUUUGCAACUUUACCUGGCUGACACCUUCUGUUUUCUAGCUCACUAAUAUCGCAGACAAUUAUGCUUAAUUAAUCGUGAGAGGCAGAAAUCGUGAUUGCAGUUAAAAUACGAAUAAUUGUGCAGCCCUACUGUGAUGCAUAUACACCUAUCAUUUUGUAGUAUUUGAAUAAUUUCAGUGGCCCUAGUAGGUCUGUAUUUGUAGAGCAGAGCAUCUAACAACUGGAUUUGAUUUGCUGCUCUUUAUAGUAGUUAAAUAAUGCUGACAAGAUGAACUGUUUAAUCAGGUCUUCGUCUCAUAGAGAACUAAGCUUUCCCGCUAUCUUCUCAAUGGAUUUGGUCCAGCAAAUCAUGUAACUUAAAGUUUAUUUAUCUGCCAAAACUGUAUUGAAUAACCUGGAAAACGUAUUGUAAUAGAUUUUCUUUUUAAGAAGCAUCUUUUUGUAAAAAUGUUAUUAAUUCUGGUGCAAGAGAUUUUUCUAAAUAUUUCGCAGUUUUAUUUUCCAAAAACUGUGACGUCCAAAUAUAAUAUCUUUUUUAGAUUUGUACCUUCCUAAAAUCUGGGGCACAUACAGCUUCAGAGUUUUUAGUGCCUUUGUUCCAUACACUCAUGCACACAUAAAUAUCAGCACACACACAUGUAUUAUAUUCAUAUGCACACACCAAAACACCCACAUGCUUUAUAUAAACGUGUAUAUAUAAUGUGUUAACACACAAACACAUACAAACUGUUGUCUGUCUGAAUGUUGAAGAUUUGCUUAGCCUGCGAUCUAAGAAAGGCAGUGAGUUUUAUAGAUGAAUGUGGUUGUUCAGUUCUGCCUGACACAGGCUAAUGUAUUACUACAAUCCUUCAAAUCAAAACCCUGAGCACACAUACACUUCAUUUCUUAUGAGUGUUUUAAUUGGAUAAUGAUGCUUAAUUUUUUAUAUUUUAUUUUCAGUAUCGUCCAUUGGUCUAGGAACAAGGAUUAUCAGUAUAAAGACAGAUUUAAAUUUAUAUUUAAGUAACAGCCUGAUUUGACUUCAUGGUUAAGAUUUAUUCACCCCCAAAUGUUAUAUACUGAUGAUGGUUUUAUGCCAUCUUUACGAAACUGUCAUUACACAACCAUGAGGCCUGCUUGGGUGAAAAAAUGCACAUAUGGAUAUGGAUGGCAGCAAUAUGCCACAGUUAUAUUGUUAAGUGUUCAGUUUUUUGGGGAGCCAUGGAAAGCAGUGGUGGGUUAUUUAUAUUGGGAAAUACAGAUUGUUCAGUUGUUAAUUUAGCUUCGGAUUAUGCUGUCAAAUGGCAUUUAAAAAGAAUUGUCUAUGAGAAGUGAACAGAGUGUUGACUUACCUAGUCUUUGAUAUGAUGACAGUAAAUACAUGCAUGUUGUUCAUUUUGUUUUCUUUUAAUUGUGAAUCACCAAUCCAGCAUUGUCAAUUUACUUAUUAAUUUGCUCUUUGUCUAAUGUAAACCAGGUUAUUUGUCUUAAAUCUCUUUAAGAUGAGAAAAAGAGUAGAUAUUGAAUAAAGAUUUUAAUGUUCUGUA